AUGGCCAGCGGAGCAGCCGAGCUGGAGAACAUGGAGGUCCAGCCGCAGAACAACAACACCCGCUGGGAGAACACGGACAACCAGGCCUGGGACGACACCACGGCCACCGCCAAACUGUUCGAGUGCUCCCGCAUCAAAGCACUCGCCGAUGAGCGCGAGGCCGUGCAGAAGAAAACCUUCACCAAGUGGGUGAACUCGCACCUGGCCCGGGUGUCCUGCCGCAUCAGUGACCUCUACGCCGACCUCCGCGACGGCUACAUGCUGACCAAGCUGCUGGAGGUGCUGUCCGGGGAGCAGCUGCCCAAGCCGACGCGUGGGCGCAUGCGGAUCCACUCGCUGGAGAACGUGGACAAGGCCCUGCAGUUCUUGAAGGAGCAGCGUGUGCACCUGGAGAACGUCGGCUCGCACGACAUCGUGGACGGGAACCACCGCCUGACGCUGGGGCUCAUCUGGACCAUCAUCCUGCGGUUCCAGAUCCAGGUGAUUAAAAUCGAGACGGAAGACAACAGGGAGACGCGCUCGGCCAAGGACGCGCUGCUGCUGUGGUGCCAGAUGAAGACGGCAGGGUACCCGGAAGUGAAUAUCCAGAACUUCACCACCAGCUGGAGAGACGGGCUGGCCUUCAACGCCCUGAUCCACCGGCACAGGCCAGAGAUCAUCGACUUCAACAAACUCACCAAAUCCAACGCUACGUACAACCUGCAGCAGGCCUUCAACUUGGCCGAGCAGCAGCUGGGCCUGACCAAGCUGCUGGACCCGGAAGACGUGAACAUGGAGAACCCGGAUGAGAAGUCCAUCAUCACCUACGUGGUCUCUUUCUACCACUACUUCUCCAAAAUGAAGGCCCUCGCAGUGGAGGGGAAGAGGAUUGGGAAGGUGCUGGACCAGGCGGUGGAGAUCGAGAAGCUCAUGGAGCGGUACGAGCUGCUGGCAGCCGAGCUGCUGGCGUGGAUCGAGCGCACCGUCGGCAUCAUCAGCAACCAGAAGUUCGCCAACUCCCUGGCCGGGGUGCAGCAACAGCUCCAGGCCUUCACCACCUUCUGCACCCUGGAGAAGCCGGUCAAGUUCCAGGAGAAGGGGAACCUGGAGGUCCUGCUGUUCAGCAUCCAGAGCAAACUGCGCGCCCAAGGCCGCAAACUCUACGUGCCCAGCGAGGGCCGGGGCAUCGCGGACAUCAACAAGGCCUGGGCCCGGCUGGAGAAGGUGGAGCAUGAGCGGGAGGUGUCGCUGCGCAACGAGCUCAUCCGGCAGGAGAAGCUGGAGCUGCUGGCCCAGCGCUUCGACCACAAGGCCGGUAUGCGGGAGGCCUGGCUCGGCGAGAACCAGCGGCUGGUGGCGCAGGACAACUUCGGCUACGACCUGCCGGCGGUGGAGGCAGCCAUGAAGAAGCACGAGGCCAUUGAGGCGGACGUCUCGUCCUACGAGGAGCGCAUCCAGGUGGUGGUGGAGCUGGCGCUGGCCCUGGAGGCCGAGGGUUACUACGACGUGCGGCGCAUCAGCGCCCAGAAGGGCAGCAUCCUGCGCCAGUGGGGACUGCUGACCGAGCUGGUGGGCGCCCGGCGGGCCCGCCUGGAGCAGAGCCUGGCCCUGCAGACCAUCUUCCAGGAGAUGGUUUACAUGAUCGACUGGAUGGAGGAGAUGCAGGCCCCGCUGCUGUCGAGGGAGGUGGGGAAGCACCUGCUGGAGGUGGAGGACCUGCUGCAGAAGCACGCCCUGCUGGAGGCCGACGUAGCUGCCCAGAGCGAGCGGGUGCAGGCGCUCAACCAGGCCGCCCUGAAGUUCUGCGAGCUGGCGGGUUACCAGCCCUGUGACCCCCAGAUCAUCCGCAACCGCGUGACCCACGUGCAGACGUGCCUGGAGGAGCUGUGCCAGCGGGCGGCCCAGCGGCGCACGGAGCUGGAGGCCUCCUGCCACCUGUGGGCCUUCUUCCAGGAGCUGGAGGAGGCCGAGGCCUGGGUGCGGGAGAAGGAGCAGAUCCUGGCCUCCAAGCCGUGCGGCAAGGACCUGAGCAGCGUGCUGCAGCUGAGCGGGCAGCACAAGCUGAUGCUGGGGGAGCUGGGCGGGCGCCGGGCCCUGCUGCACCAGGCCGUGAAGAAGGGGGAGCAGCUGCUGGCCACCCAGCGCCCCGGCGCAGCCCAGCUGCAGGAGAAGCUGCGGGAGGUGCGGCAGCGCUGGAAGAAGCUGGAGGAGGUGACGGGGAUGCACCAGCAGAAGCUGCAGGAGGCCUUGAGCUUCUACCAGUUCAGCGCCGAGACGGACGACCUGCUGGCCUGGCUGCAGGACACCUACCGCCUGGCCUCCAGCGACGACUUCGGGCACGACGAGUACUCCAGCCAGGCGCUGCUCCGCAAGCACGCCGCCGUGGCGCAGGAGCUGGAGCGGCACCGGGCGCCCGUGCUGGCCCUGCGCGCCCAGCUGGCCCGGCUGGCCCCCCAGCACCACCAGGUGGUGGACGUGCAGAUCCGCAUCGUGGAGGUGGAGCAGCUCUAUGGGGAGGUGGCCGAGGUGGCCGUGCUGCGGCACCAGUGGCUGCAGGACGCCCUGGCCGUGUACCGCAUGUUCGGCGAGGUCCGCGCCUGCGAGGGCUGGCUGGACGAGAAGGAGCAGUGGCUCUCCGGGAUGCACGUGCCACAGGAGCUGGAGGACGUGGAAGUGGUGCAACACAGGUUUGAGAGCCUGGACCAGGAGAUGAACAGCGUGAUGGGGCGCAUCCUGGACGUGAACGAGACCGUGCAGCAGCUGGUGGAGGGUGGCCACCCCAGCGCGUCCGAGGUGCAGUCCUGUCGGGACCACCUGAACGGCAGGUGGAACCGGGUGGUGGAGCUGGUGGAGCAGAGGAAGGACCAUCUCAGCUCCGUCCUGACGAUCCAGAACUACCUGCUGGAGUGCACCGAGAUCAAGGCGCAGAUCCGGGAGAAGCGCCGCGCCGUGGAGGCCAGCCAGUACAGCAGCGGCGACCUGGGUGGCGUCCUGGCCUUGCAGCGCAAGCUCUCCACCAUGGAGGCUGCCCUGGUGGUGCUGGAGCCCAAGCUCCUGGAGCUGCAGCAGGAGGGCGAAGCCUUGGCCACCGCCCACCCGGCCCAGGCGCUGACCGUCCUGCUGCACUUUGAGGAGAUCAGCGAGGAGUGGGAGGCCUUGAAGAGGACCCUGCAGGGCUGCGAGGACUCGCUCUCCGUGGCCAGCCGGCUGCAGCAGUUCAUCCAGGACCUGGACAACUUCCUGACCUGGCUGGUGAAGACUCAGGCGGCCGUGGCCUCAGAAGAGCUGCCCAGCAACCUGGCGGGGGCAGAGCGGCUGCUGAGCCAGCACGCGGCCCUCAAGGAGGAAAUCGACCGCUACGAGGAGGACUACACCAAGAUCCAGGCGGCCAGCGACCUGCUGGCCCUGGAGGAAGCCGACGUGCCCUGCCUCUCGCUCCAGCAGUGGCUGCAGAAGCUGGACGUGGGCUGGAACAAGCUGCUGCAGAUGUGGGAGAGCCGGCGGGAGGCGCUGGUCCAGGCGCACAUCUUCCACCUUUUCCUGAGGGACGUGCAGCAGGCCGAGGCGUGUCUCCACAACCAGGCAUCCACCCUGGCCCACGCGGAGCUGCCCACCACGAUGGAGGCGGCGGAGAAGGCCAUCAAGAAGCACAAGGAUUUCAUAACCACCAUGGAGCUGAGCGUGCCGAAGACGACGCUGGCCCUGCGGGCCGGGGAGAGCCUGGUGCGUCAGGGCAGCCCCUACAGCGAGCGCGCCCAGGAGGAGAUGGCGGCGCUCAGAGACAAGAGCCACCAGAACUUCCAGCUGGCCCAGGAGUGGAUGCAGCAGCUGAACGAUCACUUGGAUCUGCAGCGUUUCUUGCAGAACUGUCAGGAGCUCGCCGGCUGGAUGAGGGAGAAGCGGCUCAUGGCCGGGGACCAGGCGGCCAAGCCCCAGGCGCGCUGGCAGCGGCACCAGGAGUUCCGGGCCCAGCUGGCGCAGAACCGCGAGUGGCUGCACAAGAUCGAGCAGGAAGGCCAGCAGCUCCUUGAGGAGAAGCCGGAGCUGGCCGGCUCGGUGAAGAAGCAGCUGGAGGAGAUCCGGCAGUGCUGGGGGGAGCUCGAGAGCACGUCACAGGCCAGGGCCCAGCACCUCCUGGAGGCCAGCAAGGCGGAGCAGCUGGUGCAGUGCUACGCGGACCUGGACAAGAGGCUGGUGAACAUGGAGGGGCAGCUGCAGGCUGUGGAUGCUGGCGCCAGCCUGGCCACCGUCAACAACCAGCUGAAGAAACUCCAGACGAUGGAGUCGCAGAUGGAGGAGUGGUACAAAGAGGCCGGGCAGCUCCAGGAGCAGCUGGCCUCCCUGCCCCUGGAGCCGGCCAGCAAGGAGGCAGUGGACGAGAAGCAGAACGCAGUGGGGACGCGGAUUGUCCGCCUCAUCGAGCCCCUGAAAGAGAGGAGGAGGAUCCUGCUGGCUUCCAAGGAGGUACAUCAGGUCUGCCAUGACCUGGAGGACGAGAUCAGCUGGGUCCAGGACCGGCUGCCGCUCGCCACCUUGCGAGAUCACGGGAGCAAUCUGCAGGCCGUGCAGCGCUUCAUCAAGAAGAACCAGAACCUGCGGCGUGAGCUGCAGGUGCACCAGCCCCGGGUGGACGAGGUGCUGGAGCGGGCGGGCGCCCUCGCCUCCAUCAAGAGCCCCGAGGUGGACGGGGUGCGGCUGCUGCUGGAGAAGCUGCGGGAGCUGUGGGGGGCGCUGGGGGAGCAGACGGAGCAGCGCCAGCACCUGCUGGACGCCACCUACCAGGUGGAGCAGUAUUACUUCGACGUGGGCGAGGUGGAGGCCUGGCUCGGCGAGCAGGAGCUGCUGCUGAUGAACGAGGAGAAGGGCAAGGACGAGCAGAGCACCCUGCAGCUGCUGAAGAAGCACCUGCUUCUGGAGCAAAGCAUUGAGAACUACGAGGAGACCAUCGCCCAGCUGUCCCGCCAGUGCCGCGCCCUGCUGGAGCUGGGCCACCCCGACAGCGAACAGAUAAGUAGGCGGCAGUCUCAGGCUGACCGGCUCUACGUGUCUCUGAAGGACCUGGUGGAGGAGCGCAAGGCUGGGCUGGAGCAGCAGUACUGGCUCUACCAGCUCAGCCGCGAGGUGGACGACCUGGAGCACUGGAUCGCCGAGAAGGAGGUGGUGGCCGGGUCGCCGGAGCUGGGCCAGGACUUCGAGCACGUCACGCUACUGCAGGAGAAGUUCACGGCAUUCGCCAGCGAGACGGGCAGCGUGGGGAACGAGCGGCUCUCGGCCGUGAACCAAAUGGUGGAUGAGCUGAUCGACUACGGGCACGUGGACGCGGCCACCAUCGCGGAGUGGAAGGACGGGGUGAACGAGGCCUGGGCCGACCUGCUGGAGCUGAUGGAGACGCGGGCCCAGAUGCUGGCUGCCUCCCACGAGCUGCACAAGUUCUUCAGCGACUGCAAGGACCUGCUGGCCCAGAUCGAGGAGAAGAAGCAGCGGCUGCCGGAGGUGGCGGCCCACGAGUCCCGCAGCUCCGCCGGGGCCCUGCAGCGGGUGCUCAGCUCCUUCGAGCACGACGUGCAGGUGCUGGUGAGCCAGGUGCGGCAGCUGCAGGAGGGGGCGGCCCAGCUGCGGACAGUGUACGCCGGGGAGAACGCCGAUGCCAUCGCCACCAAGGAGCAGGAUGUGCUGCGGGCGUGGAAGGAGCUGCUGGGCUCAUGCGAGGCGUGCCGGCUGCAGAUCACCACCACCACGGACAAGAUGCGCUUCACCAGCAUGGUGCGCGACCUCAUCUCCUGGAUGGACGGCGUCAGCUGCCAGAUCGGUACUGGCGAGAAGCCCAGGGACGUGUCCUCGGUGGAGGUGCUGAUGAACUAUCACCAGGGUCUGAAGAGCGAGAUCGAAGCCCGGAGCCAGAGCAUCGCGGCCUGCGUGGAGCUGGGCAAGACCCUAGUGCUCAACAGAAGCCCCGUGGCCGAGGAGAUCAAGGGCCACCUGGAGAGGCUGAUGACCAAGAAGAAGGAACUGACUGACAAGUGGGACAAGCACUGGGAGUGGCUGCAGCAAAUGCUGGAAGUGCACCAGUUUGCGCAGGAGGCCGUGGUGGCCGACGCCUGGCUCACGGCCCAGGAGCCCCUGCUGAAGAGCCGCCAGCUGGGCAGCAGCGUGGACGAGGUGGAGCAGCUGAUCCGGCGCCACGAGGCCUUUCGCAAGGCGGCCUCCACCUGGGAGGAGAGAUUCAGCUCCCUGCGGCGCCUCACCACGCUAGAGAAGCUGAAGGCCGAGCAGAGCAAGCAGCCGGCCACACCACUCCUGGGACGCAAAUUCUUGGGGGAGCCCAGCGAGCCGGGCCUCAAGGGCCCCUCGCUACUGCGCCAGGCCGAGGCAAAGCUGGAGCGGCAGGACCUGCUGCGGGGCCGGCCCCAGGCUCCGGCCCUCCCCAGCGGGGGCUCGGGGGAGCCCGCGGAGGCGCUGGAGCUCAGGGUGGCCUACGUGCGGCAGGAGAUGAAGCCGGAGCGGCUGCAGCCCCGGCUCGACCGCGUGCAGGAGGGCCUGGCUGUCGGCGCCGAAAGGCUGAGGGAGGCGAAGGCGGCGGCUGAGGAGAGGCUGGAGGCCAAGCCGAGCCAGCACCUGCAAGUGCCCGUGGCAGGCACGGUGCUGGCGGAGCCGGCCCAGGUCAGCCGUGCCGAGACACAGCCGGAUCAGCCGCGGGAGCAGCAUCCGGAGCCCAGCGAGCAGGAGACGCUGCGCCACGAGCAGGCGGAGAGGCGCCGGGAGCGGCACGAGCGGCGCCUGGAGCGGCAGGAGUCCAGCGAGCAGGAGACGGCCCGGCACGAGCAGGCGGAGAGGCGCCGGGAGCGGCAUGAGCGGCGCCUGGAGCGGCAGGAGUCCAGCGAGCAGGAGACGCCCCGGCACGAGCAGGCGGAGAGGCGCCGGGAGCGGCACGAGCGGCGCCUGGAGCGGCAGGAGUCCAGCGAGCAGGAGACACCCCGGCACGAGCCCAAAGGGGGCGGCAAGACCACGCUGGCGGAGAUUGUGGAGCAGCUGCAGGAGAAGGAGUCGGCCGCGCAGGUGCCGGCCCCGCCCCACGACUCCCCCGCCCGCCUGCCCAACGGCCUCGACCUGCUGCCCGAGAGGACGCCGCGCCCGGACCGGCCCCGGGCCCGCGACAGGCCCAAGCCCAGGAGGAGGCCACGGCCCAGGGACCCCAGCCAGCCCCCGGGGGAGAGCCGCAGGUCCCGCUCGGCGCCGGCCCAGAGCAGCGCCCCGCCCCCCCCACCCCCCACCUACACCGUCCAGCUGGAGGGCUUCCUCUUCCGCAAGCACGAACUGGAGGGGCCCAACAAGAAAGCCUCCAACAGGUCCUGGGUAAACCUGUACUGCGUCCUGAGCAGAGGGGACCUGGGCUUCUAUAAGGAUGCCAAGGGGCAGGCGUCGGGCAGCACCCACGGCGGGGAGCCGCUGGUCCCCCUGCACCAGGCCACCAGCCAGGUGGCCAGUGACUACAAGAAGAAGAAGAACGUCUUCAAGCUCAAGACUGGUGACGGGAACGAGUUCCUGCUGCAGGCCAAGGACGAGGAGGAGAUGAAGAACUGGCUCCAGGCGCUGGCUACCUCCGCCGAGGAGCACGCCGAGAUCGCCCGCUGGAGCCAGGCGCUGCUCACCACCUCCUCCACCGACGAGGGCAACCCGCGGCGGGACAGCGACCGGCGGGCCAGCACGUCCGGCAGGAAGAAGUGA